AUGGGACAUGAAAGAGGACGACUCAUCUUGAUAGAGGGGUUAGAUAGGACCGGUAAGUCGACACAAGCAUCUUUAUUGGCUCUGGAACUCACUAAUGCCAAGGUAAUCAAGUUUCCUGAGAGAUCAACCAAAAUAGGAGCUGUGAUUGAUGAAUAUUUGACUAAUGAAGAUUUCAACCUUAGUGACCAGUCUGCACACUUGUUGUUUCUGGCUAACCGAUGGGAGGUUGCAGAAAAUAUGACCAAGGAACUAAACAAUGGAGUGAGUCUUGUUGUAGAUAGGUACAUAUACUCUGGGAUUGCCUACUCUUUGGCAAAGCUGGAAUUUUACCAUAAAGAUUCCCAAUCAGAGAUGUCUAAAGUUGAUUGGCUCUAUGCUCCUGACAGAGGUCUACCUAAACCUGACAUGACUUUAUUCCUUACUUUGGAUUUAACAGAAUUGGGAAAUAGGAAAGGCUGGGGCGAGGAGAGGUACGAAAAGGAAGAAUUUCAAAAAAUUGUUAAAAAGUGUUUCUUUCUGACCUUGAAAUGGGAAGAAGAUGAUACAGUGAUAAUUUUGGAUGUCCAAGGAAAAGGAAUUGACGAAGUCAAGCAAAUGAUAUGGGAUAUUGUUGCGAAAAAGCUGAUGAAUACAUUAACUAAUGAACCUCUACAUAAAUUUAUGUAG